AUGAGCCGGAAUUAUACCGUAAGGCCAGUAGCCUCUCUUGGCAGAGGCUUUGAAGUUUCUGGUAAUACGGAGGGUACUAUGAGUAAUACGGGCAAUAUAGGCAAUACGAGUGUUACAGCGAAUCCAGCGUCCGCGUCCGCGUCCGUUUCAGUCUCAGUUUCAGCAUCAGCAUCAGCAUCAGCAUCGGCAUCGGCAUCGGUUUCAGCAUCGGCCUCAGCAUCCUCGGAUGAUGGCGACUACAUACAAGAAACAGAGCAGGAUACAGAACAGGACACAGAACAAGACACAGACCACGAGCGCGAGACGGGACGACAACUCUUGUUAAGAGCUCAGGCUCGUAUAGAAAGAAGAUUUAAGCACACAGGGACCAUCAACUAUGCUGAUGCAUCGACUGGACUAUCGUCUACGUAUGCCCAUGCGUACGGGAAGCCCAUAGCAAUGCUUCCUCCUGAGGUGUUAUGCCUGAUAUUCAGCUACAUGCACUCGAAGAGUGAUUCAAUAAACAUCACUCUCACAUGCAAAUACUGGGCUGAGUUGAUUGUGGAACUGAUUUGGUUCCGACCCGGUAUAUCCAACGAGUCAGUGCUCAACAAACUUGGCGCUGUCAUGAAAUUACAACGUGAUAAAACUUACUGGGAUUAUAGGCAGUACAUUAAGCGACUGAACUUAUCGUUGGUUCCAAAUUUGGUCACGGAUGCAUAUUUAAAUUUGUUCACGGGUUGCGAGAACCUAGAACGAAUCACGUUGGUAAAUUGCACACACAUAGGCUCCAAGGCAGUAGCAUCCUUAUUACAUGGGUGCACACGAUUGCAAUCUAUCGACCUUACAGGAGUUAGAGAUAUUCAGGAUGAUAUAUACGAGCAACUAGCCACAAAUUGUAAGAGGUUACAAGGAUUGUAUGCUCCUGGUUUAUUUAAAGUGUCCAAACAUGCCGUUUUGGACGUGAUCCAUUGCUGUCCUCUUCUUAAAAGAGUCAAGUUGAGCGACUGUCCCGGUGUUGAUGACGAGGUUUUGCACGAACUUGUUAUUAACUGUCCCAAUUUGGUGGAAAUUGAUUUGCAUGGAUGCGAUAAAAUCACCAAUACGGCUAUGCACGAGAUGUUUGCGUCGCUCGAGUACCUCAAAGAGUUCAAGAUCUCUAAGAAUGAGAACGUGACAGGAGUUUGCUUUGAUUCUGUAGAUGGCUCAGAGCUUUGCCUUGAUAAGUUGAGAAUUCUUGAUUUUACGCAGUGUUCUAAUAUCACGGACAGUGCCGUGGAGAAGUUUGUGGCAUUGGCACCGAGACUCAGAAACGUGGUGCUUUCCAAAUGCAUCGCUAUUACAGAUCGAUCUCUCAGAGCCAUUGCCACGCUCGGGAAGAACUUGCACUACGUUCAUUUAGGUCAUUGCAGCAACAUCACCGACUUUGGUGCUCGUGAGCUGAUCAAAUGCUGUUAUAGAUUGCAAUACAUUGAUUUAGCAUGCUGCACACAGCUCACGAAUGCUACAGUCUUUGAAUUGGCUCAACUACCGAAGUUGAAACGUAUAGGAUUAGUUAAGUGCUCUCAAAUCACAGAUGAAGGUAUCUUGGCGUUGGCUGAAAACUCACGUGCACAUGAGGAUAAUCUAGAAAGAGUGCAUCUUAGUUACUGCAUGAAUCUUACCCUCUACCCGAUCUACAGACUUCUUAAGGCAUUUCCAAAGCUUACGCACAUCAGUCUAACGGGUGUAGCACAGUUUUUAAGGCAUGAUAUUACACAGUUUUGUCGAGAGCCACCGCAGGAGUUUAAUCCUCACCAAAAAUCGAUUUUUUGCGUUUUCUCGGGAGAAGGGGUGAACCAGUUGAGAGCAUACUUGACACAAUUGAUUGAGACUCCUCAAGAUCCAGAAAGAGAAAUCAAUGAAUUGCUCGAUAUCAUUACAUCUGUGACAGAAGGUGUUCAGAAUGUGGAUGAUACUGUGCUUAAUGCAGAUCCAUUGCAAAGGCAGAGACUUAGAGUCUUUGUGGAUACACUUGAUAGAUUUAUCAAUGAUUAUCAUGGGAUGCGGAUUCCUCGACAGCAUUUGGAGCUGUUUGCCAAGUGUGUUUUUACGAGGUUACCGGCAGUUCACGUUCCAAGGAUCCAAAGAUUUUUUCAGAUUUUGCAGAAUCAUCCAUUGCAACUACAACCGCGUCGUCCUGCCCAACCAGCUAGGCAAGGGGCUCCACAGCCACAGACACCUGGAACCGCUACUCCAGCAAGAGGACUACCAGUGCAGUCGACAGCAACGCAACUAGCGGCAACAGCUGCAGCAACAGCAGCAGCAGCAGCAGCAUCAGCAGCAUCCGUAACACCACCACCGGCACCGGAAGUCCGAAUAUAUGAACGACAGCGUCGACAAAGACCUUCACGUGCACAAUACGAGACACGAAUUGUUGGAGGAGUUCAGAGAGAGAUUGCCAUACCACGAGCACCCAUGGAGGCUGAGCUAUUUCAGCAAAGGCAGUCUGAACACAGGCAGGCAAGACCGCAGAGAGAACACAGAGAACAGGGAGCACCACAUGAUGAUCCAGAUGUGGCUAUGGAUGAUAUAUAA